AAACAAUUGAAGUGUAGAGCCACUUGCAACACUUGUUCUUUUAACAUCCAAAGAAAUAUCCUUUUGUGGUUUAUCCUUUUUCUCAACAAGAAACAACAUCCCAGUUCUCUUUUUGUUACCAAAUUGACUAAAAAUCAUCCCACAUCCCUUUCUUGCAUCGGAGAAUUAUGUAGAUCUGGUUUCCAUGGUCGUUAUCUCAAGAAAUUAUGCUAUGUACAGUUGAAUCCAAAGACAAGUUAAAGUAGAUCGGUUUGCUUAUUUUCUAGGAUGUUGAUUCUUCUUCUCAACUACUGCAAAUGCAAAUUGGGUCUUUCUUUUGGUGAAGCUUUAGCUAUACACAAGGAACCGUUAUUUGGGGCUCAAAGGAUACACAAGUGCGCAUGGGAUUUGCAAAAUUUUCCUGAUGGGCAUAAAUCUAAAUUUGUCGAGAAUAUUAUAAAACAAGUCCUACAAGAGGUCAACCAAAUACCUCUAAAUGUUGCUUGGUACCCAGUUGGAGAAGAUACUCAUGUUAAAGAUAUAGAGUUGUUAUUGCGAAAUGAAGUUCACAUGGUUGGCAUUGGUGGAAUAGGAAAAACAAAUUUGGCAAAAAGAUGUAAGAGUGUGAAAGCAAAGUGGUGAUUUGUUAGGCCUCCCAACACACUUGUAGCCAAUGGUAGACUGUGACCCAUUUCAACAAUUCUAUUUUCCAUGGUUACGAAUUACUCUGGAACCUCUCUAUCAACAAAUACUCUUUGUUUGAAAAUGGACCAACAAUGAUCUUCUCCUAAUUUUUCCAACAUAUGAAGAUCUAUUGCUACUGAUGAUGCUAUCUAUUUCAUACGAGUUGUCACGAGAAUGCAGUUUCCUCUGGAUGUAUUUAUUCCUUUCAAGGUAUCUGUAAACUCAUGCCACAAUGUAUGAUCAACUCGCCACCAAACAUCUAAGAUUAGCAAAUAUUUUUCUCCCAAUUCAUCUUGGAGCUUCUUGACUAUUAUAUCUUGGCUUUGGACCUUAAUUUCCUCUUUGUCAGUGAUUCGAGGGUCACUUCAACAAAGCUCUUAGUCUCUGACAUUUCAGGUAGACACAAAAAAACUCUCUUUUCAAAGCGUUGCUUGAUCUGUUCAUCAUUGGAAAUUCUCUUAGCUAUGAGAAUGGUGCAAGCUGGAUGCUUUGGUGAAGCUUUGUCUAUGCACAAGGGCUCAAAGAAUGGAGAAGUGGACAACUACACUUAGAGAACCUGCAAAUUUAUCUAGAUGGGAUUUGCGAAAUGUUGCUAACAAGUAUGAUUUCUUGGUCUUUUCUACUUUGUGAAGCAAACUAAUAAAAAACUGCUCUGAACGAAUAUUUAUAGCUUCAAUGUGCAUUUUUUAAAGUACUAAAAUGCUUAAAUUCAAUCACAACAAGCCUAAAAACUAAGUGUUGGCUCUUAUUGUUAAGAUUUUUGUUUUUGUUAUUAAUUAUUAUUGUUAUUAUAUAGUUUUUUUCCCUAACAAUUUGUAGGCGUGAAUCUAGAUUUAUGGAAAAUAUUAUAGAACAAGUCCUACAAGAGGUCAACCAGACACCUAGAUGUUGCUUGAACCCAAUUGGAGUAGACACUCGUAUAAAAGAUAUAGAGUUGUUAUUGGAAAAUGAAUGCGUAGAUGAAGUUCAUAUGGUUGGUAUAUAUGGCAUUGGUGGAAUAGGAAAAACAACUUUGGCAAAACAACUGAAUAUUUCUGCUAUUCAGUUUGUAGUUGCUUCCUUUCAAAUGUCGGAUCAUAAGCUUCAACAUUUAAUGGUCUAUUCAAGUUAAAAGAGAAAUUAUGUCAUCAAAUUCUCAAAAAUAAAGACUUGCAUGAGACUAUGCAACAAUUUAGUUAUCAUGCUUUUAACAGUUUUCCACAAGAACAUGUUGCUCUUAGGUCCAAAAACCUAAGAUCAAUUCUUCAUAGUGAUGACCAAAAAGUUCUCAAGAUGAGCUUUGAUGGACUUGUUGAUGAUACUCGAUGGCCAUGGAGAUCCGUUUGGAAGAUGAUGGCUCCUUUUAAGGCGGUAUGCUUCUCUUGGCUAGUAGCAAGAAAUGCUUGCGGAUAAACUUUAAAGAAGGGGAUUUCAAUUGUGUUCUAGAUGCUUUUUGUGCGGAGCUACUAGGGAAACUCUCCAUGCUCAUUUCAAUUAAGCUUUGCUUGAAGAAAUCUGGUAUCACAACUUUAGAAAAGUACUGCAUAAGGUAUGGGUAUUGAAUUAUUUCUUUAACUGUAUGUACAAAAUAUUCAUUUAAAUAUAGGCUAAUGUUUAUUCUUUUAUCAGGUUUCUGCGUGCUAUUUUUCCUCUUUGUUCACCUUAAUGUUUUUUCUUUUGAUAUUAUUUCAGUAGUAUGCAAAUCCUUGCUUUCAGCUAAUCAAAUCUUAAUUAUUAUUUUUUAUAAAGAAACCCAAAUUUAUACGUAUAAGGGCAAACGUGUUGCGUCUAUAUAGUUUACGGGCGAUUUUGACCCUUUUAGUUCUCUCAUCGAGCAGCAGAUUCUACUGAUCGAGUGGGAUAAAAUCAAAGAGAGAAGAUGGGGCCUCUUCCACAUAUGAGAAAGAAAGACGAUGAAGAACCAAUCCGAACUGAGCUGCCCUAUUUAUGAUCAGUCAGUCUUCUAAGGAGGUUUUCAGCUUUCGUCUUCUUUAGUGGCCAAGUUGAAGCGUUCAACGUCGGAUUGGAAUCUCUGGUGUCUGAGGACAGGGACGGUGUUGGCGUGGAAAAGAGAGGCUUGGGCAGCAAGCUUAAUUCAAAUAUCCGGAGCGAGUCUUUCUCAUUUGUGUGUAAAAAUCGAAAUGACCAAUAAAUUGAAUUGAAAAAAAUAUUAUUGGGUUAGUGCUAUUGAGUUAUUGG